CUCGCCCCAACUCGGAAGCUCUGAUAAGGGGGUGAAAGUUCGCUUCACCGCACUACCUACCGUUCAGAAAUCCCAAGCACCAAAUUUCAAAAAAAAGAAAAAAAGAAAUCCCAAGCACCAUAGCCAAGGACAACAAGACCGGCGAGCGGCCCCUCUGCGCCAUGCUUCUUCUCGAGCCUUACCACUUGGUCGCUCUGCUCCUGCUCCUCGUCCCUGCCGGUCGUUGCCUCGCGGCCACCGCCGGUGGCGGCGGCGAUGACAGUCGGCAGUUCAUCUUGCUGGCGGCGGCGAUGACGGGCGCGAACCUGACGCUCGACGGCGCGAGCAGAGUUAUGCCUAACGGCCUCCUCUUGCUGACCGAUGGCAGAAAGCUGAAAGGCCAUGGCGUCCACCCAUUCCCGCUGCCGUUCCGCACCGCGUCGAAUGCCACCGGCUCCGUGCGGCCUUUCUCGACCACCUUCGUCUUCGCCAUCUCCAGUCAAUACGACGACGUGAGCAGCGACGGCAUCGCCUUCUUCGUGGCCGCGUCCAGGGAGGUGCUCUCCACUGCGUCGCCAGGCCAGUUCCUGGGCCUCCUCAACGAAGACAAUAUUGGCAACCGGAGCGCCCGCAUCUUCGCCGUGGAGCUAGACACGUUCAAAGAUGACGAGCUCCGUGACAUCAACAACAACCAUGUCGGCGUCGACGUUGAUAGCCUCGUAUCAAUCGAUUCCACCAACGCCGGGUACUAUGAUGACGGCACCGGGAUGUUCCAGAACCUAAGUCUGAUAAGCCAGAAGCCCAUGCAGGUGUGGGUGGACUACGACAGCAGGGCCACGGAGAUCACCGUGACCAUGGCUCCGUUGGGCGUGGUCAGGCCCAAGAAGCCCCUCCUGCGGACCACCGUCGACCUCUCGGGGGUGGUGCAGAACACCGCGUACGUCGGGUUCUCUUCGGCAACGAACUUCUUUCCAACACGACACGUCGUCCUCGGCUGGAGCUUCGCAUUGGAUGAGCCGGCCCCUGCAUUGAACAUCUCAAUGUUGCCGGCCUUGCCAUCGACAUCGACCUCGACCUACAUGACACGGUGGUCCAUAUGGCCAAUGAUGAUCGCCUUAGCAUCGGUGACGCUGGUUUCGGGUUCAGUGACAAGAACCUACUUGGAAGGGGAGGUUUUGGAAGUGUCUAUAGGGGUGUGCUUCGCAAGACUGGCAUGAAGGUCGCCGUGAAGAGGAUGUCACACGAUUCAAGGCAAGGAGUAAGGGAGUUCAUUGCUAAGGUGGUGAGUAUUUGUCGUCUUCGACACUGAAAUAUCAGCAAUUGUUGGGCUAUUGCAGGCGUAAGGGGGAGCUUCUCCUAGUAUAUGACUACAUGGAAAAUGGUAGUCUUGACAAGUACCUACACACAAGAAAUGGCCCAACUCUAUGUUGGUCCCAGAGGUAUUCGAUCAUCAAAGGUGUGGCGUCAAGUUUGUUGUAUCUACAUGAGGAUUGGGAGCAAGUCGUCAUCCAUAGAGAUGUAAAGGCAAGCAAUGUGCUCUUGGAUGGUAAGAUGAAUGGAAGGUUGGGCGAUUUUGGUCUUGCAAGGAUAUACGACCACGAAACCGCCGCUGAAACCACCCAUGUGGCUGGCACCAUGGGGUAUCUUGCGCCAGAACUCUCGCGCACCGGGAGGCCAACACCAUUCUCUGAUGUAUAUGCAUUUGGCGUGUUUCUCCUAGAGGUCACGUCUGGACGAAGGCCAAUCUUCAUCGAUGAGCAAAACAACCGGGUAUUGUUGGUUGAGUGGGUGCUUGAGCACCACCACAAUGGUUCUAUCCUCGACACAGUAGAUCCACGACUCGGAGGGGAAUUCAACGCGGAUGAGGUAACUAUCGUGCUCAAACUGGGUUUGCUAUGCACGCACCCAUCACCCAAUGCACGACCUAUCAUGC